AUGGAGCAUUCAAAUAUUCCCGAAAAUGCUGGAAAUGGCCGAAUCAACUUCGAUUCCUCCAUGCUAGCAUCUGAAGACCUCCUUGAUCUGUGCCUCUUUAGAUAUCUGUUGACCAACAAACCGAUUCGUUUCAAUGCGAUGAAGGAUAUGCUCUCUCAACUAUGGCAACCAGGGUAUAGCUAUUUCAAAGAUGGAGGAGAACAAUUUCUGGUCCAAUAUUUCCAUUUCUGGGACAUGGAAAGAGCGUAUCAAGGAGGGCGUUGGUUAAUCAAAAACUAUAUGCUGGUAUUGCGGGAACUUAAGUUCGGGGAGGAGCCCCUCACCGUUCGGGGACAUGGAAAGAGUGUAUCAAGGAGGGCGUUGAUGAAUGAAGCUGAAAUUUGGAUCCAAAUUCAUCAACUCUCGUUUGGAUUCAUAUGUGAGAAUGUCGCCAUACUCAUUAGAAACCAUAUGGGCAAAUUUAUCUCGUACAAUGAACAAAAUAAUUAUGGCACGUGGAUAAAAUACAUGCGAAUUAGAGUAGCUAUCAAUGUCCAAGAACUGCUCAAAGGAGCUGGUCCUUUGAUAGAAUAA